ACAACUUCUGCAGGCGUCACUACAACAACGCAAUCAAUUGACACAACUUCAGUGCAACCAACUACUUCAUUGCAGCAAACAUCAACUCCAGAUCACACUUCUUCACAGCCUAUGACAACAGCCCCAGUUACCACAACUGUGGCACUUGAAAAGUCAUCUCCAACACAAACAACAUCACAAGGCACAACAACUUCUGCAGGCGUCACUACAACAACGCAAUCAAUUGACACAACUUCAGUGCAACCAACUACUUCAUUGCAGCAAACAUCAACUCCAGAUCACACUUCUUCACAGCCUAUGACAACAGCCGCAGUAACCACAACUGUAACACUUGAAAAGUCAUCUCCAACACAAACAACAUCACAAGGCACAACAACUAUUGCAGCAGCCACUACAACAACGCAAUCAAUUGACACAACUUCAGUGCAACCAACUACAUCGUUGCAGCCAACGACUUCAACUCCAGAUCACACUUCUUCACAGCCUAUGACAACAGCCCCAGUUACCACAACUGUGGCACUUGAAAAGUCAUCUCCAACACAAACAACAUCACAAGGCACAACAACUUCUGCAGGCGUCACUACAACAACGCAAUCAAUUGACACAACUUCAGUGCAUCCAACUACAUCGUUGAAAGUUGAUAUUACAUCAAGUGCAGAUCAUACCACUUCAACAAUCUUGACUACUUCUCACAUGUCCUCCUCCUCAACACCAGUUAUGUCCUCAAAUGUUCCAUCAACCACCAUAGUUGGCAAAACUUCAUCAGCUACAUCAAUUGCAACAACUUCUGCCUCAGAAACAACCAGAAUGACUGCCCCACCUCCUGAGCCGAAAAUAUCUUUGGUUUUCAAAGUGCAGCAGAAUUUUACAGCAGAGCUUGGAAAUACGUCCUCACCAGAGUUCAAGGCAUUGAAAAACAAAGUGUCCUCAGCGCUGGACCAAGUUUAUUCAGCUCAAUAUGGAACUAGCUUCAACAGAACAGUGAUCAAAGGUUUCAGUCAAGGAUCCGUUGUAGUAGACGCUGAGCUUGUAUUCAAUGAUGUCAGCUCACUACCAAAUACCAGUUCUGUGGCUGAGACUUUGGUGUCUGCUGCUUCCAGCUCUAAUUUCUCCCUCAGCGUCAACACAUCAUCCAUUGUUGUCCAAACUGUGUCAACACCAACUCAAGCCCCAGCUGAAACAACAUUUGCAACAUCUUUAACAUCUCAAGGCACUACAACUAUUGCAACAGCCACUACAACAACGCAAUCAAUUGACACAACUUCAGUGCAUCCAACUACAUCGUUGCAGCCAACGACUUCAACUCCAGAUCACACUUCUUCACAGCCUAUGACAACAGCCGCAGUUACCACAACUGUAACACUUGAAAAGUCAUCUCCAACACAAACAACAUCACAAGGCACAACAACUUCUGCAGGCGUCACUACAACAACGCAAUCAAUUGACACAACUUCAGUGCAACCAACUACUUCAUUGCAGCAAACAUCAACUCCAGAUCACACUUCUUCACAGCCUAUGACAACAGCCCAAGUUACCACAACUGUGACACUUGAAAAGUCAUCUCCAACACAAACAACAUCACAAGGCACAACAACUUCUGCAGGCGUCACUACAACAACGCAAUCAAUUGACACAACUUCAGUGCAACCAACUACUUCAUUGCAGCAAACAUCAACUCCAGAUCACACUUCUUCACAGCCUAUGACAACAGCCGCAGUUACCACAACUGUAACACUUGAAAAGUCAUCUCCAACACAAACAACAUCACAAGGCACAACAACUUCUGCAGGCGUCACUACAACAACGCAAUCAAUUGACACAACUUCAGUGCAACCAACUACUUCAUUGCAGCAAACAUCAACUCCAGAUCACACUUCUUCACAGCCUAUGACAACAGCCCAAGUUACCACAACUGUGGCACUUGAAAAGUCAUCUCCAACACAAACAACAUCACAAGGCACAACAACUUCUGCAGGCGUCACUACAACAACGCAAUCAAUUGACACAACUUCAGUGCAACCAACUACUUCAUUGCAGCAAACAUCAACUCCAGAUCACACUUCUUCACAGCCUAUGACAACAGCCGCAGUAACCACAACUGUAACACUUGAAAAGUCAUCUCCAACACAAACAACAUCACAAGGCACAACAACUAUUGCAGCAGCCACUACAACAACGCAAUCAAUUGACACAACUUCAGUGCAACCAACUACAUCGUUGCAGGCAACGACUUCAACUCCAGAUCACACUUCUUCACAGCCUAUGACAACAGCCCCAGUUACCACAACUGUGGCACUUGAAAAGUCAUCUCCAACACAAACAACAUCACAAGGCACAACAACUUCUGCAGGCGUCACUACAACAACGCAAUCAAUUGACACAACUUCAGUGCAUCCAACUACAUCGUUGAAAGUUGAUAUUACAUCAAGUAGAGAUCAUACCACUUCAACAAUCUUGACUACUUCUCACAUGUCCUCCUCCUCAACACCAGUUAUGUCCUCAAAUGUUCCAUCAACCACCAUAGUUGGCAAAACUUCAUCAGCUACAUCAAUUGCAACAACUUCUGCCUCAGAAACAACCAGAAUGACUGCCCCACCUCCUGAGCCGAAAAUAUCUUUGGUUUUCAAAGUGCAGCAGAAUUUUACAGCAGAGCUUGGAAAUACGUCCUCACCAGAGUUCAAGGCAUUGAAAAACAAAGUGUCCUCAGCGCUGGACCAAGUUUAUUCAGCUCAAUAUGGAACUAGCUUCAACAGAACAGUGAUCAAAGGUUUCAGUCAAGGAUCCGUUGUAGUAGACGCUGAGCUUGUAUUCAAUGAUGUCAGCUCACUACCAAAUACCAGUUCUGUGGCUGAGACUUUGGUGUCUGCUGCUUCCAGCUCUAAUUUCUCCCUCAGCGUCAACACAUCAUCCAUUGUUGUCCAAACUGUGUCAACACCAACUCAAGCCCCAGCUGAAACAACAUUUGCAACAUCUUUAACAUCUCAAGGCACUACAACUAUUGCAACAGCCACUACAACAACACAAUCAAUUGACACAACUUCAGUGCAUCCAACUACAUCGUUGCAGCCAACGACUUCAACUCCAGAUCACACUUCUUCACAGCCUAUGACAACAGCCCCAGUUACCACAACUGUGACACUUGAAAAUGCAACCAACUACUUCAUUGCAGCAAACAUCAACUCCAGAUCACACUUCUUCACAGCCUAUGACAACAGCCCAAGUUACCACAACUGUGACACUUGA